AUGUACCGAAUUUUAAUCACAACAUUUGCUCUAGUUGCUGCUGCCUUUGGGGCACCACCUCACAAUGUUCGAAUCUACGGAGGUGACAAUGCAACUCUUGGCCAAUUCCCAUUCAUUGUCGCACUUAAAAACUCAGACCAAUUUUGCGAUGGUUCCAUUAUCAACAAAAACUGGGUUGUAACAGCCGCCCAUUGCAUCUACUCUGUAACAGUCGGCCAAACCACACUCACAGCCGGAACCAACAAACUCCACUCUGGUGGUACUUCCUACAGCGUCUCCCAAGCCGUCCACCACCCAGACUUCAAUUACACGAGUCUCCAGAACGACAUCGGUCUCAUUCAAAUCGUUGGCGAAUUCGAAUUCACUGAGAUUGUCCAACCAGUUGAAUUCAUCGAACCUGAAAUCAAUGCCACUUGUCAUGCUGUGGGUUGGGGAGAGACGCAAGAUGUGGCUUUCCCCGAAAUUUUGCAGUUUGUUGAACUGACGGCUCUGGGACUGGAGGAUUGUAAAAAAAUCGCUGGGCAUUAUGCUGAUGGGCUUUACUUGGAGAAGGAGCAAAUUUGCGCCUUGGGGUCUGAGGGACAAGGGGCUUGCUAUGGGGAUUCAGGGGGACCAUUGGUUUGCGAUGGUAAACUAGCUGGGGUUGUUUCUUAUGGGCUGCUGCCCUGCGCCCGGAGUAUUCCGGAUGUGUACACACGGCCAUCGCAAUACCUUGAUUGGAUUAAUUCGGUAAUAAAACCGUAAUUUACGACAAAAUUCGGUCGUUUUCAAAUAAUAAAGAAUAUUGAAAU